AUGUCUUUUGACAGGCUGUCGUCUCUCGAGUCACAGCCAACCACCACUCGCCGAGAAGAUGAUCCUCACUAUCGCGACGACCCAGAGUUCCAAAAAUUCACAGAGCAACUCUCCAACCGGCUAUUUGAAUUGAUCACCAAUAUCUCACGGCUCUCCAAUCAGAUUUCGAAACGAGACACCGAAAGAGGGCGAGAGAGAAUCCAUGAUCUCCUGGAGGAGACUCGGGAUGGCUUCAAGGAGGUGGGGGAAGGCGUUAAAAGAGCUCAAACAUGGCCAGAUCUUAAUCCUGCGCAAAGAUAUACAAACCAGAAGUUGUCUCGCGAAUUCGCAUCUGCCUUAUCCGAAUUUCAGGUUGUGCAACGAAGAGCAAUAGAAAAAGAAAGAGCAUCAAAAGCUGCGUUGGAAGAAGCGCAAUCAGCUCAGUCACCAUCGGGAGAAGGACAUCAACAACUCCAAUCUCUGGAAGAGCCUCGCUUGGCUCAGCAAGAUGAAGUAGACUUCCAGGAAAAUCUUAUCAUCGAGAGAGAAGGAGAGAUCCGACAGAUCGAGCAAUCGGUGGGUGAAUUGAACGAGCUGUUCCGAGAUGUGGCACAUCUUGUUCGAGACCAAGGCGACAUGCUGGACGCUAUUGAUGUCAACAUUGAGAACACCCUGACAGAUACCCGUGGAGCGGAUGUGGAGCUAAGAAGUGCCAGUCGAUAUCAGAAGGCCGCCCGCAACAAAGCAUGCUGCCUUUUGUUGAUCAUGUCAAUUGUGCUGCUAAUUGUUAUACUCGCCGUUGUCCUAGGCUGA